CGCCGAUGCAAGAUACGGGGAGAUUGAUUUGUUGAUAUUACACGCGUUUGAUACACCGUAUUCACCUUGCAUAUUACCCGAGUCACCCAAGUGUCUUGGAUUCGACCUACUACUUUGUUACUGUAUGGGUGCAUUGCGCACACACACACACCCCUCCAACCGGGACCAAAUGAAUGCAGAAACCUGACGUCAAAGUCCACCACAACCACAACAACACCGACGACGACGACGGCUCACCCUCACAGCAAACCCUGACCUUCCACCCGGCCUGGUCGUUCAAAGCGUCAGAGACCUGGUCACGAUGGGUCAAAUUGACGGCCCACGAGAUACACCAUGUCCUCAAACCACAUGAAAAGUACGCCGAGACGACGACGACGACGAUAACCGCCACAUUGACGACCCCCCACCAUCAUCACCAUGGCCAUGGCCAUGGCCACCACCGCCGUCGUGACGCACCCUUGUUGCUCUUCUACCUCAACCAUCCCAUCCAGUUCGUUCAGAUCGUUGGUGUCGUGGUCGCGUUUGACGAAUACUAUGAGAAAUUUUGGCUCUUGACCAUCGACGACAGUAGCGGAUCCACACUCGACGUGACUUGUCCCAAGCCAGAGAAGGAAAAGGAUAAACAGAAGCAGACGGGUGGUGGUGGUGGUGGUGGUCGAUCAAAUGCUACAAACAAGAAUGCCGUUGAUGAACGAACCACCAACGACGACCGACAACGAGUCGGAGAAGCAGAAGAAGAUGAGGAAGAGGUCCUCCUCCUCCACCGAACCCUCCCGCACCUGAAAAUCGGCACCGUCGUGCAGGCCAAGGGGACCCUCUCGACCUUUCGGUCGUGCCGCCAACUCUCCCUCCUCCGCCUGAACGUGGUGGCCGACACGGCGCGCGAGAUGGCCCUGGUCGCGUCUCGCACCUCGUUCCUGACCUCGACGCUGUCCAAGCCUUGGGACCUGUCCCCGGGCGAGUCACAGAACCUCCGGUCCGAGGCCGAGGGCGAAAGGGCCCGAGAGACCGAGCGCGCCCACCGCAGGAGGCGGAGGGAGGUCAGGGAGAGGCGGCGGGAAGAGCGCCACGCCCGGAUCAUCGCAAAGGCGUACGAGAGGGACGAAGGUCACAGGGCAAGGGCCGCAGACGAGGCCAGGAUCGCCGGGGAGGCGGUCCUCGAGGCACUUUGAAAAGAAAAAAACACAGAAUACACUCAACUCGCUUUCAUGGUCGGUUUUGAUCACAGGCGGCAGGCCACAAUAAUGGUGGACGCUGGGCGACGCACAUCAUCAAGCCAUGAUGAUGGACCCCCAGGGGUUUUCCUUGAAAUACAAAUUAUAUACAGCCAAUGUCAUGUGUACUCCGUAUAAAUGCUGAUAAACAUCAAGUUGACUGGCACGGCACAUGCCUGUACAGUGUACCACGCCUAUUGAUUCC